AAAAAAAGGCCGUUAUGGUGAACUGCCUCCCGUGAUUGAUUUCGAGCAGAAGGGCUCAAUAUCAAUAAGAUGAAAGGCGCCGUAUUCGUUUCUGAAUCUUGAGUAGCCCUCUUCCCCCUUCCUUUGUCUUCCUUUCCCUUGAUGGCUGUCGCUCCUACUCCUCCUGCUGUGAUUACGACGUCGUCGGUGAUACCGUGCGAGGGGGACGACCCUUUAACAUUGGCCUUGGCACCUCCGCCUGAUGAGACGGCAGAACAGAGAGAACAGAGAGAGGCAGCAGAGGCAGAAGCGCAACGACGGAGCGAUGAUAUUGACGAGCAGCUUCAGAAAGAACGGGAGCUCGAGAAGCGGAAAAAGAGGCCGGUCAAGCUACUGCUACUAGAUUUCCAAUUGACCUACGCUCGCCGAGAAUGGACCGAGGAACGCCUGCUCUGGAAAUCUGUCAUCUUCUUCAACCUGGUCCGGAAUGUCAAUGACAUCCUCGACAUCCUCGCUCAGGAAAUGACCCGGUCUGCCGUUACCCACGCUGACAACAACAGUGACGAUUCCUCAGCCGACGAGUCCCCCACUGUGCCGCUAAAGUUCAAGGAGACCCACCGCCUGCUCAAACUCCGCCUCGGGCCCCUGCGCCGAAUCCAGACGGACCUCGAGCGGAGACUGGGAAACGCGGCCAUUGAACUCAAGACGACGGAUGUGAUGACUGCUGCGCCAUUCAAUAAGCCCGCUAUCAAUGAGUUUUCGAUAAACGCGAGAAAUGGGUGGAAGACGGCGUUUGACAAGCUCAAGGCGAUGCGGCGCCCGGAGAUGGACGCUCUGCAGCAGAUGAAGGAUGACGAGGAUGAGAUCGCAGAUGUCGUUGCAGGGUGCAGAGAAGAUAUGAAGGCCAUUUGGGAGGACCCGGUGAUCCGAGAGAUGCUUGCCAGGAGGAGGGAUAGGAUCGAGGAUUCUCCUGGAUUCUUCCUGCACGACGCCGAACGUAUUGCCGUCCGGAAUUACCAACCUACCGACGACGAUAUCAUCCGUGCAAGAUUGCGGACAUUGGGCGUGCAGGAGUAUAGAUUCAUCUUUGAUCAUGGUCGGACCGUUGGGCAAGAGUGGCGCUUAUAUGAUGUGGGUGGAACUCGGAGCAGCCGAGCAGCGUGGCAACCAUACUUUGAUGAUGAUCGUCGGGUAAACCGGCUUGAAGACAGCUACAUGCUUUGGAAAUCCGUCUGCGCCUGCAAACUCCUUUCGCAAACACAGAUAAUCCUUUUCCUCAAUAAAUGCGACCUCCUCCAAGCCAAACUAGCACGAGAUGUCAAGAUCAGAGAUUUCGUACCGAGUUAUGGGGAUCGCGGCAACAAUCUGACCACAGCUAGCAAAUACUUCCAACAGCACUUCCGAGAGAUCUUGAGGCAGAACUCGCCCGUGCAAAGACCGUUCUAUGUGCAUAUGACUUCUGUGAUUGAUACACGGUCGACGGCGGCUACUCUGGGAGCUGUUGAGGAAACCAUCCUUCGCAAUCACCUCCGUCGUGCCGAUCUUAUGUGAACAAUGAUUGGUGAUUAUGUGAAUUUUUCUCCUCGUCUCGGGGACACCUUCCUUUUUUUUCCUUGUAUUAUAUUCGGUUGGCAAUAAGU